AUGAUUCGUACUGGUGUUAUCAACCCAUUGCCACGUGUUUUGGCCACUGGAGCCAAGAGAAACUUGGCUGUUGCUGCCAGUGACUUGGUGACAAUUGACUUACCCGCUUCUUCCUUUGAGACAUACAACAUCGAUGCUCCUGAAUUGACCUUCGAGACCGAAAAGGAAACCUUGUUGCAAAUGUACAAGGACAUGAUUGUCAUCAGAAGAAUGGAGAUGGCCGCCGACGCUUUGUACAAGGCCAAGAAAAUUAGAGGUUUCUGUCACUUGUCUGUGGGUCAGGAAGCCAUCGCUGUUGGUAUUGAAAAUGCCAUUGCCCCAACCGACACUGUCAUCACUUCCUACAGAUGUCACGGUUUCGCCCACAUGAGAGGUGCCUCUGUCAAGAGUGUCUUGGGUGAGUUGAUGGGUAAGAGAUCUGGUGUUUCUUACGGUAAGGGUGGUUCCAUGCACAUGUUUGCUCCAGGCUUCUACGGUGGUAACGGUAUUGUCGGUGCUCAGGUUCCAUUGGGCGCUGGUUUGUCCUUUGCCCACAAGUACAGAAACGACAAGGGUGCCACUUUCGCCUUGUACGGUGACGGUGCUUCCAACCAAGGUCAAGUUUUCGAAUCUUACAACAUGGCUAAGUUGUGGGACUUGCCAUGUGUCUUUGCUUGUGAGAACAACAAGUACGGUAUGGGUACUUCUGCUUCCAGAUCCUCUGCCAUGACCGAGUACUACAAGAGAGGUCAAUACAUUCCAGGUUUGAAGGUUAACGGUAUGGACAUCUUGGCCUGCUACCAGGCCUCCAAGUUCGCCAAGGACUGGUGUUCGAGCGGUAACGGUCCAUUGGUUUUGGAGUACGAGACCUACAGAUACGGUGGUCACUCCAUGUCCGACCCAGGUACCACUUACAGAACCAGAGAGGAAGUUCAACACAUGAGAUCCAGAAACGACCCUAUUGCCGGUUUGAAGGCCAUCCUCUUGGACAAGAACAUUGCCACUGAAGAGGAAAUCAAGUCUUACGACAAGGCUGCUAGAAAGUACGUUGACGAGCAAACCGCCGAGGCUGAGGCCGAUGCCCCACCAGAAGCCAAGAUGGAGAUCUUGUUCGAGGACGUCUACGUCAAGGGCACCGAAAUUCCAGAAUUGAGAGGCAGAAUCUCCGAUGACACCUGGAACUUCGAGAAGAACGACUUCUCCAACCACGUCUACUAA